AUGGGAGGGAAGCAGGUCAAAUGUCUUACGUCACCCAGUCCUAUACAUAGUGCAAAGAGCGAAUCCACUGUAGCCCCAUCAGAGGAGAAAGACAGAUAUGUGAUCAUCCACACUGAAGAAACAGAAACUAAACCAGAAGAGACAGAAUCUCAUUUCCAGCCUGAGUGGCAAGCAGGGAACUCUGAGUCAUACUUGGAGAAUUCAUGGGAGGAGAAGCUUUUGGAACAACAGGAUCAUUUGGAAAAGGAAAUGGAAGAAGCGAAGAAGAUGAUUUCAGGUUUGCAGGCUUUGUUACUUAAUGGGUCUUUACCUGAGGAUGAACAGGAAGGGUCCUUUGAACUUUGUGAACGUGGAGCUUGCCCCGAAGAGCAGCUGAUCAUAAUCCGAAGUCGCCUGGACCAGAGUGUGGAAGAAAAUCAAGACCUGAAGAAGGAGCUAUUGAAAUACAAACAAGAAGCUCGAAACCUACAGGGAAUAAAGGAUGCUUUACAGCAAAGGCUGAUUCAACAGGAUGCUUCAGUUCUUCAGCUAAAACAGGAGCUGCUGAGAGCAAACAUGGACAAGGAGGAGUUGCACAACCAGAACGUUGAUCUUCAGAGGAAGGUUGAAGAGAGAAACCGGCUACUGGCAGAAUACAAAAAAGAACUGGGCCAGAAGGAGUGGCAUUUACAGCAGCAUCAGACCAAACUGGAUGAAAUGCUUAGGCAGCUUUCUGAGGCUAGCUACCAGCAGGUGGAUUUGGAGCGGGAGCUGGAGCACAAAGAAGCCCUGCUAGCUCACUGCAUGAAGAGGGAAGCUGAAGAGGUGAUGGCUUACAGUGGUCAUAGUGCUCAGAGCAAUGGCUUCCUCCAGACAGCAGGAAAAGGAGCUGCUCCCACAGCCCACCGAGGGACAAAUGACUUGCAGCUGGUUCGUGAUGCCCUUCGCAGCCUCAGGAACAGUUUCAGUGGCCAUGAUCCACAGCACCACACCAUUGACAGCCUGGAGCAGGGCAUCUCCAGCCUGAUGGAACGACUGUACCGCAUGGAAACACAGAAGAGGCAAGAGAGAAGGAUCCGGGGGAAGUCACCAGCAAGCAGAGCAACAAAUGAGUGUAGAGACUCCUGGCCUCCCAAAUCCAAACUGCCUCAUUCUCGCAGCACACCCGUGAUGAGCACCAGUGCCUGCACCAAAGUGUUGUACUUCACUGACCACUCCCUCACACCUUUCAUGGUUAAUAUACCAAAAAGGUUAGGGGAAGUGACUCUGAAGGAUUUUAAGGUAGCUAUUGAUCGUGAAGGAACCCACCGGUACCACUUCAAAGCCCUGGAUCCAGAGUUUGGCACAGUCAAGGAGGAGGUAUUUCAUGAUGAUGACAUCAUUCCUGGUUGGGAGGGGAAAAUUGUGGCCUGGGUGGAAGAAGAUCAUGAGGAGAGUUAA